AUGUUUUCUCAGAGCCAUCAACUCUACAUGGAAGAUGUUUCCGUGGUGGAAGAAUCAGAAAUGCAAGAAGAGAGACAGUUUGUAUUCCAAGGACAGUGCAUGGUUCUCGGGGACUCUCGGGUUGGUAAAACAAGUCUGGUGAAAUCGCUCACCAGAAAGGAAUUUGAUCCAAACCAAACAAACACACAGGGAAUAGAUGAGAGCCUUGUGGACCAAAGUUGGAAAAACUACAACAUGAAGGAACUUGUAUUUGGAGACUUCAGGAGAUUUGUCUCAAUUACGGGUGGCUUAGAUAUGCUCUUCUUAAAACAAGGCAGAGAAGCAACAAGUGUUGUUCACGAGUUUAGGUUGGCUGGUUGGUCGGCUGGGUUGUCUCCCGAUUGGAUUGUAUAUUUUUUGGCAUGUGUUUUUAUAACUUAUAUUUCAGCAAGUUGUAAGCUCAUCGACUGUCACUAUACAAUGACCAUAGUUUUCAACUCUAUACAACUUGUUCCAGUGAUGGCUCAACCUAUUUUGCUGACUCUCUACUCGGCCAGCAAUCAAUUACAUGUCCGGAGUACGCUGGCUAAGUUCAACUGCUUUUUCAGCUACAGAGGAUUAUUAAUAGGCUCACAUCUUCCACUCGUUAUAUGCUACUACUGGCGGAAAUCUUACGUCCGCUUUCUCAACAUUCAUGUGGCACUCUUGACAGCUGCAGUUGUAAUUGCCUUCAUUGGUUGGCUCCUUUUGAAAGGACUGCGGAGUAACGAUUUUCAAUACUUGCAUCACUUUAUACCAGGAAGAUUGAUUCAGAAUAAACGUUUUUUAGUUUUUUUGUGUUUUUGUCGUUUACUAUUCUCAAUUGUCAUUGGAUUUUGCUUUGGCUUUGUAGCGGCAUCGUUUCUAACAUCAUUAUUAAAUGACUCACCAUUAUUAAUUCAUUCUCUUGAUUUUGUGCAAGAAGUUCUUCUUUAUUCCUACUGUGUGGCUUUUACAGUGUUAUCACCUUUUACAUUAUUUUAUGUGUCAAAGUUUCAGCCAUCACCAACUGACAGGUCGGAGGACCUAUAUGGACUUAUUGUACUGUCCGCCUUCCUAGCAUUUCACCACUGUAAACUAAUAUUGACCUCAGGACCUUAUUAUUUUGUCAUAGUAUUUCCUGCAUCUAUCUGUUUUGCAUUCUAUGUGGAAUUGUUUGGUCUCCAUUUCAUGUACCCCAAAACGUCCAUUUGCUCAAACAAGUUGUUUGAGUGCUUUGUGGCUUUUUAUCAUGUAGCAAUUGCUAGUAUCGAUCAUAAAAUGCUAAAAAGUGCCCUGAAUGAAACGUUUUCCUCUCUCAAAUUGAAGAUACUUGACUUUGCUGGAGACAAAGAAUAUUAUGCAUAUCAUCACAUGUUUCUUAAAGGUCAUGCCCUUUACCUCAUAGUAUUAAACAUGGCUGAAUUUGCAAAGCAUGAUUUCAAAGAAAUAAAUGCAGGAAUUGAAAGACUUAAGUUUUGGGUAGAGUCUGUCUGUAGCCAUGUCCCUCCAAAAACACCAAUAUUUCUAGUUGGAACUCACAGAGAAAGUAUUGACAAAAACUGUACAGAAACAAUCGACCACUUCCUGAGAAACAACUUCUGGGAUUUCUACUGUGAUGAACUGAUUGAAAACGACACUGAAGGGUUGGUGUUCUUUCCUGUUGAGAACUCUAAUGGACACAAUGAUCAUGGAAUUCAAUGUCUUCAAAAGAAAAUUGUGGAUGUUGCCAUAAAUUGUAAGGAAACAGUGGGUAAUCACAUUCCUCUACUGUGGGUCAGAAUGCAGGAUGCAAUCAUCAGGCACAAAGAAAAUAAGGAGGCCCUGUUUUGUGUAAAAUUUGAGCAGCUCAGAAUGGUGUUUGAAAAUCUUUUUAGCUUAAACUGGUCAAAAGAUGCUUUUAAGUACUUCCAUGAGCAAGGUUUGGUUAUUUACCUGGACAGAAAUCAGGAUCUUGAUCUGUCUGAUUGGAUACUCCUCAAGCCUGAAAUAUUGGUUGAUAUCAUUAUCCUGCUUGUCACACCGUCACCUCAGAUGACCCAGGAAAGAGGAUUAAGGCAUGACUGGAAUCUCUUGCAAAGAAAGGGACUGUUGACAAAACCACUCCUGAAGAACAUCAUCUCAAAGGUAAAGGAAAGUGUAGAAGCCAUGACUGCAUUUCUUGAGGAAUAUGAUUUGAUCUGCCCCUUGGCAAAUAGUAAGGUAAACAUUUGUAGGGUGCAUGAAGGUGAAGAGCAGCCAACACACUUUGUACCUUCCUUGUUACCAAUGGCCUCAGAAAGGGACACACCCAUAUGGCAUGAUGACGACACUGAUAAGAAAUGUUAUGUAUUCUUCACCAAGUUCCUGCCUGAACCUCUGUUCCACCAUCUGCUUUCUCGUGCUCACAAGCUUAGUAAGGUGGAGUUUCCUAAUGGUCAUACAGUUUUAUUCAGAGAUGCUGGCAGGUUCUGGUUGACUCCUCGGCAACCUUACAGUCUCAAGUUGAUGAAGGAGGAGAAGAUGAUUGAAGUCACAUUCAGAUGUAGGUAAGGCUGGAUAUCCUAAUGGUUUAAGCUUAGCUACAUUAAUGGUAUGUUUAUUGGUAGCAUUUAUUGCUCAAUCAAAGUGUAAAAUUAUGUUUCAAAGGAAAUAUAAGUAUAAAUGAAUGUAUUUUUUGGCCUAUGUAUGAAAAUGAUGUAAGGCAGGAUUAGUGUUAGAGCGAUUUUCACUUGACUGUCGUAAAACCAAAACCAAAGUAAAUACACUAGCCAACCAAAGGGCGUAGUAAAACCAAAACCAAACCAAUUCCUCAAUUACUUUUGACAGUCAAGUGAAAACCGCUCUAAUUUAUGCACAAAUUAUAACUAAUAUUGACAAUAAUACCUGUACACUGGAAUCAGUUACUUCCAUGGUAGGGGCUAAUUCCUAUUUUCAUCUGUUAUAAAAUGAGUAACUGCGACGCUGGUCUUUUAUUGAUUAGGGAAAAUGAUGAAGUAAGGCCAUCAGAUGUUCUGUGUCACAUGUUUUCCAUGGUUGAUGGAAUCUGCAAAACGAAUUUCCCUUUUGUCAGUUUCCACUGUGGCCCAGCAUGCCCCUCAUCCAACUGUCCUGGUCACCUACCAAACUAUGUUUCACAGUCAGUUGGAGAGGAACAAGUGCGACGCCAGCACGUGUUUAAUGUUAUGCCUGGACGGCAGGGAGACAGAAUUCCCUUUAUGUAUUGUGAAGACCAUAGUUUUGAACGGGAGUUGAACGAAUGGAUUCCUUAGAAAGAAAGGUCAGUAAUUUUUUUUCUGACUACAAAAAAGUGGACUGUCAAGUUAGACAAAAUAUGUAAUACCAGUAAAUGUAAAAUAACAGCUCCAGCUCACCUCUUUGAUUACUGGGUAUUUCAGUCCUAUGUUUCAUGCAGAUAUUGAAUUCUGAAAUGAGAAGUACAUAAUUUGUUAUAAAAAGACAUUGGUAAAAUAAAUUAAACUGUGCAAGAAAGUGGUCUUAAAUGUGGGAGCCCACUUACAUGUAAAAUUAUUAAUAUAAAAUAUCAGAGAAAGUCUCCUGAUACUGGUAACAAAUGUAUGGUGUUAUAGUUUAAAGGCUGCAUUAUUCCACCUUUUCACUGGGAUAACAGGCACUUUAACAGCCAUGGACGAAUGCACUGUAUGCUUUUACUUGGUCAAGUUGGUUUUAUGUGGUUGCAUCAGGUGUUUAAAUAUCAAAAAAGUUACAGUUACGAUUAUAUAAAAUAAAAAUACUUGAUGAACAUGAAACUUGUAGUCAUUAAACUGUUGUGUGUCUUUAAGGACAAUUUUUGUUAUAAAAUGUUUUGCUGAGGUGUCUGGUAUUGUUUCCAGGAAAUAAUUCACAUGUAAUUUCCUCUACAGGCACCUCUUGUCAGUACUGUCACCUUUUUGGUACAAAUGAACACAGUAUGUAGAAGUUAUCGCUUCCUUAUGAGCAAACUCAGUGUGUAUUUGUCGCUGACCAGAUACACUAGUACAAACCUUUGUAAGGAAGAAAAAAUAAAAACAUUUUUGCAACAAGGCAUAACGUUUUCAGGAUGAACAUUUAACAGACUCUUGUGGCCUGUAGAACAGUUUAAGCAUCAUGUAUGUGAGGCACAAUAAUUAAACAUUAGCCAGACUUUUUAAUGAUGGUAGAGCAGUCCAUUUCCAUCAUCGAUCAAGGAUUUGCAGUGCCUUAAUUGCCAUAUGGCCUUGCGAUGAUGAUGGAGCAGACUGUUUUAAUUUGGUUAGUAUUAAUUAUUAAUUUAUUAUUAUUGUGACUGUUGUUAUGAGUUAUUUUUAAUGACAGCUCCGAAAUAUAUUUGUUACACAGCAUAUAGAACAAGAAAAUUUUUUGGUAUCCAAUAAUUUACAGUGUAGUUUAUUGGGGUUGUAGAAAAUAAAAUUAUACCAGCAGUCUGCUGGCAGCACAAGGUACAACAUGCCCAAAGGGCGAGCAGGAAAAGAGCUUGGCUUUGCCACUGAAUUCCUACUGUUAGUACAGUAGUGAACCAUUUUACUCCCACAGUUAAUUAUAAAGUAGAAAUAAUUUGAAUUUCACACAAAGUAACAUUUUACACUGUAAGUUGUAUUGUACCAGAACAACGUAGUUACUAUAAAGUUCACAACCACAACUUGAGUCAGAUCAUAGUGAAUUUUGGCAAUGGCAUAGAUUAAAUUACAUGUCCAUAUAUUGUAGUGUAUGUUCAUUACCAACAAAAUGAAAUUUGAUUGUCUAUAGUUAUAAGUUUUACUUUCAAGCUCAGAAAACCAUGAGCAUCUGAAAUAUUUUAGGAAUGAGAAGAAAUUAUAGACUGGAAAUGUAUAAAAUAUUUACAACAAGAUUAUA